AUGAGGACUUGGAUUCUUCUUGCCUGUCUCCUGGGUGCAGCAUUUGCUAUUCCGCUGCCACCUCAUCCUGGACAUCCUGGUUAUAUUAACUUCAGCUAUGAGGUGCUUACCCCUUUGAAAUGGUAUCAAAGCAUGGUGAGACAGCAGUAUCCCUCCUAUGGUUAUGAACCCAUGGGUGGAUGGCUGCACCACCAAAUCAUCCCAGUGCUGGCUCAGCAGCACACCCCAAGUCAUUCCUUACCGUCUCAACACCAAAUCCCCAUCAUGGCCGCCCAACAGCCAGUGCCACCCCAGCAACCAGUGAUGCCAGUGCCAGGACAGCACCCCAUGGCACCAACACAACACCAUCAGCCUAACCUCCCGCAGCCAGCCCAACAGCCAUACCAGCCCCAGCCAGCCCAGCAACCACAGCCUCACCAGCCCAUCCAGCCCAUCCAGCCCAUGCAGCCCAUGCAGCCCAUGCAGCCCCAGACCCCAAUCCAUGCAGUGCUACCUUUGCCACCACAGCCACCUCUGUUCCCCAUGCAGCCACUGCCACCCAUGUUGCCAGAUCUGCCCAUGGAAGCUUGGCCAGCCACUGACAAGACCAAAAGGGAGGAAGUGGUAAGUGUCCAUUCUUCUCAUAAAUAUUGCAUUAAGUUAAUUUCAGGUCCUUGUAUAAAGGACACUUAAAAGUUACAAGUCUACAAUUCAAGACCUUUUAUAAUAUUAUUUUGUCUAUCAGAAUAUUUUUAAUGAUAAUCCAUUCAAUCAAUCAAUAUUUGCUUAGUGACAACUAUUUAUAAACUAUUGCGCCAGGAAUAUGGGGGAUGGAGGAGUAAGAAGAUAUAAAGAAAAGAUUGUCCUUGCCCUUCAAGGAUGAAUUUUAUGUCUCC